UCAUGCUGAUUCUUCUCUCGCGCAUCACGCAACAAUCAAAACAAACCUACAUUCAGCUUAUCAAUCCCGUGUUCCUUCGCAGUCCGCCUGCUCGUGUGACAUGAUUAGAAUUCCGUUCCGUCUACGACCACCCCCGGGACGCACCCUCCACUCGCUGGUGAGGACCUUUGCCUCAACGAAACCGGCCGAUUUAACCGGGACACAAGAAAAAAACACCCGGCUAAAGAUCAACUUCCACGAGCUUAAACAUCCGAGCAAGGUUCCCCAGCGGCCACACAAGUCGACGACGACGGUUGGUCAAUCGACCCCCACCCGCAUCCCGGUGGACGCUCAAACCGUGCAGCUGCUGGAGCGGUUAAGCCUGGUGGAUCUGGACAGCGCCGAGGCCCACCGAACGCUCGAGGACGCAAUCGAGUUUGCGUCGCAGAUUCUGUCCGUGGACACCGAGGGCGUGGAACCGCUGUACACGGUGCUGGAGCGGGAGCGGUUGACACUGCGCGAGGACCGCGUAACCGACGGGAACAUCCAGCAGGAUGUGCUGAGGAACGCACGCGUUACCGAGGAGGAGUACUUUGUGGCGCCACCGGGAAAUAUUCCGCUCGAGCAGGAACCGAAGAAGUGAGGGCGGGGAUGGUUGGU